GGAGUUUGAGAGCGGAUUUGGUGGUUGCCGGUUGUUGUUGUUGUUGUUGUUGUUUGGUUUGGUGGGGGGUGGGGGGCCCAAUGCAGCUUCUCGGCGGCCGAUUGCUUCGCAUUUCACCAUCUCCAUCCAACCAGAAGCACCUCCGUUACCGUCUGGCGGUGGGAAUCUACCCGCUCACCCUCCUUUAAAACACAUCAUGUUUUGGAAGUUUGACCUUCACACGACAUCGCACAUUGACACGCUCCUGGAACGUGAGGAUGUCACGCUCUUUGAGCUUAUGGACGAGGAGGACGUCCUACAGGAAUGCAAGGCCAACAAUCGCAAGCUGGUGGAGUUCCUGACACGGCCGAGUAGCAUGGAGGCCCUUGUUACCUGCAUCACCAUGGAACCAUCUGAUGAUAUGGACGAGAAAGUUCGAUACAAGUACCCUAAUAUAUCCUGUGAGAUCCUGACAGCCGAUGUGACACAGGUUAAUGAUGCACUGGGCGAGGAUGAAUCACUGCUGAGCCGCCUCUACGCCUUCCUGCAAAACGACAAUGUACUUAACCCUUUGUUGGCAAGCUUCUUCAGUAAAGUAAUGGGCAUCCUCAUCAACAGGAAGAGCGAACAGAUAGUGGAUUUUCUACGAAAGAAGGUCGAUUUUGUAAGCUUGUUGUUGAAACACAUAGGAACCUCGGCCAUUAUGGAUCUCCUACUCCGGCUUCUCACAUGCGUGGAGCAGCCCCAACUCAGGCAGGACGUGCUGAAUUGGCUGAACGAGGAGAAAAUCAUCCAGAGACUCAUCGAGAUGAUCCACUGUUCUAAAGAUGAGGAUCAACACUCUAAUGCAUCUCAGUCUCUCUGUGACAUUAUUCGGCUAAGCAGAGAACAAAUGAUUCAGAUUCAGGACAGUCCCGAACCAGACCAGCUGCUGGCCACACUUGAGAAACAGGAGACCAUCGCGCAGCUUCUUAAUAACAUGUUUGAGGUUGAGAAGGAUGAGUCGGUGAUUGUUAACGGAAUCCAGGUACUGCUGACGCUGUUGGAAACACGCAGGCCCCGGUCUGAUCUGGGUGGUAUGGGUGGACUUUUCUGUAACCUUGAUGGCCAGCUGGACCUAUGCCCCCCUGGAAUGGACCAUGCAUGUAGCCAGGUCAGCGCAGGAACGCUACUCGCCAUCAAAUUAAGACUACAGGAUUUCCACCAGCUCCUCCUGGACCCACCGAAGAAGAGUAAAAUGGUGACUACUUGGGGUACCCUGGACCCGCCACUGGGGAACACUCGGGUUCACGUGGUCAAACUCGUCACUAGUGUCUUGCAAGUGAACAAUAGCGACGUGAACCAGGAGUUAAUGGAGUUAAACACACUGGACGUUCUUCUGGAUCUCUACUUCAAGUAUGUAUGGAAUAACUUCCUCCAUUUGCAAGUGGAGCUGUGUAUUAGCACGGCACUGGGGAACCCUCCAGCAGAAGAUUGCACUGAAACCAAUGUGGAAAAUCACACAGAAAACAGCACAGAGUCCACCCGAGAGAACCCACUCAUCAAACAUCUGUUCCAGAAGUGCCGGUUGCUACACCGAGUAGUGUCAGCCUGGGAAGAAAAUGACAAAGUACAGUCAGAAGGUGGCAGGCGGAAGGGCUACAUGGGCCAUUUAACAAGGAUAGCAAAUGCCAUGGCACAGAAUUCGGAAAAUGGUCCUAACCACACUUCAAUAGCACAGAUGAUCAAAGAAUUGCCAGAUGAAGAGAGGGAGCGAUGGGACAAGUUUGUGCUGGGGUCACUCUCUGAAAUGAACAAGAAGAAUACCGUUGAUUUGGUAAAUAUGCGGAACCUGCACUCCUCAAGUGAUGACGAUGAGAAUGAUCUAAAAGAAUUCAGUUUCCCACAAGAGGCUGUUCUACAGCAGGCAUUCUCCGACUAUCAGAUUCAACAGAUGACCUCCACCUUCAUCGACCAGUUUGGCUUCAAUGAUGAGGAGUUUGCUGAACAAGAGGAAAGUGUGAAUUCCCCAUUUGAGAGAGCAGCAAACAUUAGCUUUGUGUUCGAUGCCAACAGCGACAGCCCAAACACGAACCUGUUCGAGGAAUGUUGGAAGGAGCGAAUACGACAGUUCAACGAUGACGAGGGCUCAGACGAAGAUGAUGUAUGGCAGGAAAAGGACCUGCGUUUUGCAACAGAUGCACCACGUGCGCCAAGAAGCUCUGGCAGUACAGACAGUGAAGGAAGCAGAGACUCUGAAGAGGACGAUGACGAUGAGGGGGGACAGAGCACCAUAAAGCCCACAGACGAGAAAGUGGAGUUAGAUCCAAAUAAAGAAGCCGGUUGGACGGCGAAUUUUGAUGCCGUGCCUAUAACAAAUACGAGUGCCAGCCAGAGUGUUGCAGAUGCUGGAUUUAGCGCAUGGGACAACACAGAACCUGCUACGUCACCACCCCCAAUAGAAGGAUGGGCAGUAUUUGCCAGCUUUGCCUCCCAGGCAGGCCCCUCUGGACGCUUGCGAACAAACUCUCCUGUAUCAAUGGAAACAAAUUCUGCUCCCGUGGAUGAGCUCCAGAGUAGUGGUGACGGACACAGCAAAACAGUAGAAACAAAGGCUGCAGUCCCCCCAAGCAGCGAAGAGAAUGAAAAGAUGCCAGAUGCCAACUCGAAGACGGGUAUGCCACCCCACGUGGAAAAUGUGACGGUUCUCAAUGGCUCCGUGCCAGAGGCUGUCUGUCCUUCUGAGGUGAAAAGUCCAGAAGCUAAAACGCACACAAGCGAGGAAGAACCCUUAACUACCUCUGAAGUUGGACCUACAGCAGGAAAUGUACAGGAAGGCUCUGAGGCCCCAAAAGUCAGUCCAGUUCCCCAAACUUCAGAAUCUGUGCGGCAAGAACAGAGGUAACACCGCGGAGAGCGACAAGGAAGGUGCUUCUCGGUGCAUCCCUGAACGGAAGCCCCCCCUCCCAGCUCCCCCGCCCCCUCCAUCGGACUGUCCCCACUCCGGUUUGGGAGCUGGUCUCUUCACUCUCUGCCGCUUGGCGGGGCGUUGCCGUGAAAGCCGUCAAGACUUUACCUUCCCCGAGGCAACCUCUCGGCUGCACUGAUUCGACAAAGAUUGGGGGAGGGGGAGG